GCCACAGCAACCGCGUGUGUAUCUUUCAAGUUAUGUCCGGUUCUGAAGUUUACAAAAUAUCAUUUAUAUUUCCAAAUCAAGACAAGUAUGAUGGUGACUGUACAAGAACACCUGAUGGAGUUCUUGAGAGAAAUGGAUAUGGAGUUCAUACUACUGCAAAUGGAAUUAUUUAUCGUGGAACAUGGAAGAAUGAUAAGAUGAAUGGUUUAGGAAGGCUAGAACAUCCUUCAGGUGCAGUUUAUGAAGGUGAGUUCAAGAACAACAUGUUGCAUGGAAUAGGAACCUAUGUAUUUCCCAGUGGAGCCAAGUAUACUGGACAAUUCAAUGAAAACAAGCUGGAAGGAAAAGGAGAAUUUACAGACACACAAGGGCUGGAAUGGGAUGGCACCUUUCAUUAUACAGCAGCACCAGGGCUGAAGCUAAAGUUAGAAAUGUAGAAUAUUUUGGACUGGAAGAGUAAAAGCAAAUGUUUCUCUUACAAAGUUUUCAAGCAAAUAAUUUAAUAUUUAGCUUAAUGGAAAUAAACUAUUGUUUUUAAAAAUAAAGUUUAAACAGGUAAAAUAAAGGUCUGUUCAUCUUUUUAGCUUUCAGAAUUUGACAAAUCUUCAUCUUUUUCUCUUUAAUUGUACAUAUAAAAUAAACAUUCUAAUCUUGAAUAAUGUCUUGUUCUAAUAAUUUUUAUGAAAUUAAUGAAGAGUUCAGUAUUAGCAGCUUUAACACUGAGACAUUUGUGGGGGGGGGAAAGGAAGUGUGGAAAGCAAGGUAGAAUAUAAUUGAAUCAAUAUAUCUAUAUAAAUAAUGUGUUUAAAG